AUGUCCUUACAUCAAGCCAUGCCUCGGUAUUGGAAGAUAGUAAUUGCAGACUUCCAAUACAGAGGCAAACAUCCAGCAGAAGUACAUGCCCCAGAUUCACAAGUCCUCCAGGAUAGUCGCGAACUGCAUCCCGAUUCCGCGACUAAACAUAAUCGCCCUGAAUCGCAGACAAGGUCUCAACUAUCAAUGAAUCGAGUGUCAAAACACAAGCCGCCACCGUGCAGUCCGCCUCAGGCCGCAUGGGCUUCGGUUGGGAUCACUGUCCUCAAGAAAAUUGCCGAGAAGAACGAUCAAUCACUGAGGAACGAAAUCUCCACGCUUUCGUUGAAGCACUACAAUCAAGAAGCUAAGCCCCGACAAAUCGAUGCAGUGUUCAACCUUGUACGUGGCCGGAACACCUUCCUUCUUGCUGGCACAGGUUUCGGAAAAUCGCGAAUACCUGAGUUGUAUUUUCGGACACUGCCGAUCAAAGAGAAAGCGGUCAUUCUAGUUCUUAAUCCACUCGACUCGCUUGGAGACAACCAAGUCUUGGAAAAGACUCGGUCUGGUUUCACUGCCAUAAACCUUACAAAACUAACGAUCUGCCCUGAAGAAUGUGAGAAGAUAGCCGAUGGGGACUACAACUUUGUCUACCUCUCACCUGAAAUCUUUUUGAAUAGUAAGCUUUGGGACCGAAUCUACUUCAGCGAUAAAUUUCAGCAGCGCUUGGGUCUGGUGGUGGUCGACGAGGCCCACAUGGUCUACGAGCCAAGCUACGGAAAUCUAGGUGGCCAUCUGAUGACUCGUAAUAACAUGCCUAUCCUGUUGAUGUCUGCAACCUGCCGUCCAGUGGCCAUCAAAGCGAUCAGAAAGAGUCUCAAGCUCCCAGAAGAGACCUUAUGGAUGUUGCGUGGAGAACUAACACGACCGGAGAUCCGUUUCAUCCGGGUCACCAUGGACUGGUCGAUGUGGUAG